AUGGCGGGAGUCGCGGGAGUGGACGCGGUGCCCAAGGUCAAGUGUGAGGGCCAAACCAGGCCCGGGGGCCAGCCAAGGCCGGGGGACCUGGUGGAGAUCUUCCGGCCGGGGUACCAGCACUGGGCCGUGUACGUCGGUGGGGGGGACGUCGUCCACAUGACCACCAGCCACGGUAAACCCGGGACUGGGGGCCUGCUGUGUGUCAGGCCCCCAGGAACAGUGCAUACCUCCGCAAUCCCCCAGUGCUCAGCGGCCAAGCCUGGUCCAUGCUGUGUGUGUGACAAGGCGGUCAUAAAGAAACACAAGUUGAGCAGGGUGAUUGGCAUCUCCCGCUGGCGAAUCAACAACGCGCUGGACAGGAAGUGCGCGCCGCGCGCCGCGGGCAUCAUCGUGGAGGAGGCGCUGACCCUGGUGGGCACCCAGGAGGACUACAGCAUAGUUUGGAGGAACUGUGAGCACUUGGCCACCGAGCUACGCUACGGCCGGGCUGACUCCGGCCAGGUCGGACGGCUGCGGGCGGCGCUGCAGACGUACUCGCUCUUCUUCCUGCAGGCCGUGCUUCUGCACGGUCGGAGCCCCGAUGAACUGCUGGGGACGUUUGGGCUCUCCAAGCUGAAGCUAUAGGAGUACCGCUAGACAAUUGAGGGGUGCGCCGGUUUGCGUGGGUGUGUAUG